AUGGCAUCAGCUGGAUCGGAAACUGAUUUGGUAUCAUCCGGACACAUUAUCAAGAAUCGAUGGCGUGUUCUUAAGAAAAUUGGUGGUGGAGGGUUUGGUGAGAUUUACGAGGCUCAAGAGGAAAAUUCUCGCGAGAAGGUUGCGUUAAAGUUGGAGUCAACGCGACAAUCAAAGCAGGUUCUGAAGAUGGAAGUAGCAGUCCUUCGUAAACUGCAGGACAAGGAGCAUUUCUGCAAAUUUCUCGGCUGUGGUCGUACUGAGAAGUAUAAUUACGUCGUGAUGUCUCUUCAACUUUCACGCAUGAAUACUACCAGUCAUCGGAUUAGACAUGCACGCGAGCGCACGUACCUCUGUGCCCUCGUGGUGCAGGGAGGUAGGCUUAAUUGUGCUGCCCUCUCUCUUCUCUGUCACACUAAAACUGAUAUCGUUUCGGUCAAUCUCUGCCACCUCCUAAGGGCAAAUUCGUGUUCGAUAGUGGGCCAGGGUCGGAAUUUGGCUGAACUGCGUCGCAGCAUGCCCCGUGGCGUCUUCUCCCUUAGCACCGUGGUGCGUCUCUCCGCUCAAAUGCUUGAUGCAAUCGAGGCGGUGCACGACAGCGGUUUCCUCCACCGCGAUAUUAAACCCUCCAAUUUUGCCAUGGGCCGAGGCACAGGCACGGCGUCCCAUACGCUCUACCUCCUGGACUUCGGAUUGGCGCGUCAGUACACCAACACGGAAGGUGAGGUGCGACCCGCUCGUCCCGUGGCCGGCUUCCGCGGCACUGUGCGCUAUGCCUCACGCAACGCCCACGCUAACAGGGAGUUGGGGCGACACGAUGACCUCUGGUCAAUGUUCUAUAUGCUGGUGGAAUUUGCCUCUGGUCAGCUCCCAUGGAGGCGGCUUAAGGACAAAGAACAGGUUGGGCAGAUAAAGCAGUCCUACAACCACCUUUCGUUGGCUCGGUGUCUGCCCAGCGAGUACCGCAGUUUCCUGGAGCACAUUGAGUCCUGCUCCUACCCCGACCGUCCCGACUACGGAAUGCUGCGCUCUCUAAUCCAGCAGGCCAUAAUCCGUCGCAAUAUCCGUGAGUCAGAUCCCUUCGACUGGGAGGCCGAGGUGGUAGUUGUGGAGCAGCCACAGCCCAAACAGGUCCCGGUGAACAAGGAGGCCAAAGCGGCCGCUGUAGUUCCACGCCCGAGCUACCUAGACACCGUCGGUGGCGCCGUGGAGGGAACCGUGGCUGUUAGUGCCACGGCAAAUGACGUUGCUCUCCCUGCCUGGUCUCGUGUUCAGCGCCUAGCCACCCGAGCUUCUGACCACUUCCUUGAAUCUCUUGACGAUGGAAGAAUGGCGGAGGAUGUGGCGCGGCAUCUUUACGCACAGGGAGGCCAGAAAAAUGCCGCAGUGGGGCAGUCCAAUUCCUCUCGUGGAGCUGGCACGAAACACGGGGAUACUAAUGCAAUGGCGCUGGCGCCACGGACGUCGAAGCAGGGCUUUAUGGAAUCCAGUCGUCAGCGGACUCAGCAGAAACCACCCAAAGUCGGCCUCACUGAGGUGGGGAGCCGGGCUCACAUCCCUAACCUCCGAAAUAAGUCUCGCGAGAACAAUGCGGAUGCAAGGCAUGCCGCUGCCAAUAACAACAACAACCACCAUCACGGCCAUCGCCUCAGGGAGGAGUUUCCUCGUGCCACUAGUCUUCCCCUUCCCACUUCCUCACGCUAUCGAUCUACCUCAAUACUCCCCAACCAUCAUCAGCAACAACAACAGCGGCGAGUCCUCCUUGGUUCGACCUCUGACUUGGCGGAUAGAAGCACUGGUGAUGUCAGUGCUGAAUCGAUGGCGGGAGCGACGCAUGCUCUGGCCCUCUCCAUUGCCAAUCAAGGGAAGCACCCAGGAGGGAGUAGGAUAUGUCGCCUGAACAGCGGUUCUAUGACCCAAAUGGCUGGGCUGGGGCUGUCCUCCCAGGAUCUCCCUUCCUUCGUUGGCGACGAUGUUGGCGGCGUUGGCAGUGGUGUUGGCUGUACGAGUGGAAUAACCCCUUCCUCGGAGAAUCACCAACCCGAAGUGUUUGCCAAGGGGGUGUCAAAGCUCUCCCGCCGUGUUUCUUGUUCACCGCCACGGCAGCAGAAACAACCACAGCAGCAGCAGCAGCAGAAUCAUUUCAACUCGGUGCGACGUCGGCGUUGUGACUCCCCUGCCCGGUGGAAUUGUAGUAAUAGUAACAAUGUGGGGGCUUCACCUACUUCCGCGUUGCAACAGUCAGUUUACACCCUACGACGGCUGACUGGACCGGCGGUUCGACGUUCAGUCAGUCAUACAAAAUUGGACAAUGCCUGCGCUCGCCCGGACUCACCCUUUUGCUCCUGGUGCUCGCCCGGUCAGCAACCACUGCCAGCACCGCUCUCACAACACGGCGAUAUGGACUCGCCUCCGCAGCCUCCACCACCACCCCCGGUGUCAAAUUUCUCCCGACCUGGAGCGAGAUCUAGAUCCUCUUCUAGAUCAUCUGCUCAACAAAAUAUGCUAUCGCCACGAGCUUUCUUGCCAUCCACCACCGCAACAGCAGCUGGUGAUAAGAUGACCACAAAUUUGGAUGAAAAUUUGGACGAAAAUGUCAUCACCGAUGGGCUACUGAUGAUGCGGUUGGUGACGGGCAAUGGGUGUCCCAGCAACGGUUGUGGAGUAGGCGCACCAUCUUCGAUAUCGCCGAGGCCUCCAGAGUUACCGGUGUCCCCGACGGGCCGAGGAGCGAUGGCGGCGCGGCGAAGGAAAUACCGACCCAGGGGCAGUGCUGUCCCACCACCACCUGCGCUGCUUGUGGGUAAUCAAACCAUUGCUGCAGCCGACGCCUGUUCCAACAGCGGUGACAGGAGGAGUGUCGUCAACAGUAGCAGUGCAGACGAUCCAACAGCAGCCGCCCUCCCCAAAAGUGGAGUGAUGAUGAUGGUGAUGCAGAGACCACUUCAAAGUCGGCAGGAGAGUAAGGGAAGGAAGGAGGGAGGGAUGAAUGGCGGCCUUGUUGCCUGGUUGAAAUCGGGACCCCUGCGUUUAUUGGCUGUCGGGUUUUUUUCUGGCCGACGGGCUUCCGAAAUUUUCUAG